AUGAGUGUCCCUUCAUCGGGAGGCACAUUCUCGACUGCUUCUGAGUCUGGCAGGAUUAUCACCCCAACAUCAUCUCAAGAUGUCAGUGGCAGUGAGAGCGGUUUGCCAAUUCGGCAAGCCCCGAGCAUACCCAGAACCUUGCCAACAGCCCAAACCCCAACAUUUCUCUUCCAAAACUUGCAACCAGAUCAAGCAUCACUAAACACUACUCCUCGACCCAGCUCUCCAAGUUCGCGACUGAGCCCCGGUCGCUCGCCAUCCACGUAUGCUGAUCAGCACAACGCUUCCCCAAGCCCAAGGCCGAGACCUAUACAUCCUUGCCGUCCGAGGCGAAAAUCCCGAGAAAUCUCCUCCCAAGUAUCUAGUACCAGCCAGAUUGGUGGGGAAUUGAGUACCCCCGGCCCAUUCUCUGUACCAGCAUCCGUUGAUACGGAGGAUUUACAAAUUCCUGGUGGGUUUCCGGCGAGUAGUGUGAGUGCUUCAGCGGCUGGCCCGUCUCAGGAGAAUGAAGAUGAAAACGAGGUAAUCUCCAAUGACAUACGCGACGAAACUCUCCCUCGGGCCCCAAUCUACAACACCCGGCUUCAGGACGGUCUGAAAGCAGUUAAACGCUACCUGGCCAGUCUUGCCAGCACGAUGAGUCUUUCGGAAUUGACACAAGAUCAAUCAACAAGCCUACACACGCUCUACAAGCGUACUGAGGAGAUGAGCAAAUUCCAGUAUCCGGUGACUCGUACUGUGGGCUUCAUUGGUGACUCUGGAGUUGGCAAGAGCUCUCUAAUCAAUUCACUUCUUGAUCAGAAGAUUGCAAGAUCUAGCAGAGAGGGAUCUGCCUGCACCUGUGUGGCGACAGAAUUCCGCCACACUGAUGAUACUCACACCGGUCCAUUUACCAUCGAAGCAGAGUUUAUGAACACAGAAGAAAUGAGAGAGUUACUUGAGCAUCUCCUACUCGACUUCCGAAAGUUCUACGUCAGUUCCAUAUACAGGGAGCUUCAGACAACUGAGGAACAAAGGAAAUGCCAAGAUGCAGCUGUUAAAUCAUGGGAAACACUUCAAUCACUUUUCAAGACCCAGCCAAGUCUGACAAUUGAGUUCUUAUCAGAUGUGGCUGAGGGUGCACACGCUCAGAUCCUUACGAUGCUGGAGCGAUGGGCAUAUGCCGGCUUAACAAACCGACAGGGUGGGUCUGACGCACUCGAGUAUUCGGUCAUUGCUGGUGACAUUGAAGAAUGUAAAUCUAUUCUCGACCAUCUUGCUGCUGACAACCCAGAGGGUGGUGGCCCUGCUCUGUGGCCUUUUAUCAAAUUGAUUAGGGUAUAUCUCAAUUCACCUAUUCUGAGGACCGGUUUGGUUUUGACUGAUCUGCCUGGACUGCGUGAUCUCAAUUUCGCAAGAGUUCGGGCAACUGAAAGAUACCUUGCUCAUCAAUGCGAUGAGGUCUUUAUUGUGGCAAACAUUUCUCGAGCUGGGACCGACGAGUCUGUAGGAGACAUCAUAAGAAGGUGUAGGCAGAAUCAGCCUCGAAGAAUCAUUUGCACGAACUCCGAGGAUGUUUCACCAGAAGAGGCGUCCCGUGAGCAAGGGCCAGACGGACGGCGCGUCCGGGAAAUGAACAAGGAACUCGAAAAGGUCAAGGGGCAGCGCAUAACGGCUAAGUCGCAAAGAAUGAAAUCGAAGGGCGAUGAUCUGGUCAAAUGGCUGCUCAAAGAAACAGGGCUCAGAAUUGGACUUCGAGUAAGGUUAUACCCAAUAAUCAACUCAGCCGGCUUUAACACUAACUUGUAUGUUAGCGUCACCCGUUUCUUGAUCCACCGGCGAAAUCUCAAUAUUUCGCGCGAGCUUCGCAGAAAAUAUGAUAGCGUCGAAGUAUUCUGUGUCAGCAAUACACUAUACUCCGAGCAUCGGAACGGCGAUCCAACCCAGGCAGAUAGGUACCUCGAUCUAACUGGCAUACGAGAUCUUCGCCGCUAUUGCCAGCUAGUCCCAGCAGAAGCUCAAAUGCGCGCAACAACUGCAUUUCUGGAGGACGAAGUCCCGGCAAUGGUGGGCUCAAUUCGCCAAUGGGCCCUAUCUGGGACAGACCCAGUCACUGCAGAAAAGGCUGCCGAGCUCCGGCGUGUUCUUAAUGAGUCUCAAGAAGCUCUUCGCCGGGAUUUUCAAUCGUCGGAAGCACAUGUAACUUGCAUGUUUCAAGAAUUGAGAGAGCUAUUUAACAAUUCCAUCAUCUCAUGCAUCAAUACGUCUCGAGCUCAGUGGAAGCAGGAAAGCCUCGACGUCAGUCAGCGCUGGGCCGGGUGGCACUGGGCCUCCUACGCUUCAUUCUGUCAGCACGAUGGAAACUGGAGUACCAAGGCACAUCCAAAAGAGCGACCUUGGAAUGAGCAAUUCAUACAGCAAACCCGUGAAGCCUUGGAUCCCUAUUCUUUUCUGACUUUUUCUAAUUUUGCAGAGCAUCAGCAUCUCGCACCCCACGCCCUACAAAACAUCAUUGUCAACAUGGGCCAUAGACGAGAGAAUAUCCAUACGCAUAUCAAGAAUGAGAUUAUCAAUGUCGUUUCAAAAACACAAAUUACAAAGCGAGACAUGUUAGAGCAUCACGCUGAUUCAUUCAUAUCGAUGCUCAUGAAGCCAUGCUACAAUUAUUGUAACGGUGUGGGAGGACCAGGAUCUGACAGACUUCGAAAGGAUCACAUGGAAGACCAUUUGAGAAACUCCAGGCUAUUUGCCUCCUAUUCUACGCAUGCAAAGAAUGUCUACGGCGGAAUCAUGACUGAAAGCCUCAAAGCACUGCAAGAAGAAAUUGAUAAGCAGGUAGAAGGCAUAGUGCUAGACUUCCACGCCGUGGUAGCGGACGAAGGAGAAAUACCGGAAGCGGAGCGGGCACCUGCUUUGGCAAAUGAGCUGAGAUCCCUGAUCCAGAGUGGUCAGGCUAUUCUUGAAGAUACGAAUAAAAUUGCCCAACAACUCAAUGCGCGUGGCUGA